AUGUCAGCUAUCGAAAACAUUUCACCAGCCAUUAUCAAAAGAAUAUCAAAAGAAUUAAACAUUCUUGUUGCACAGCCUCCAGAAGGAAUUAGAGUUAUUGUCAAUGAACUAGAUGUUUGUGAUAUUCAAGCCUGGAUAUUAGGACCUGAGGGAACACCUUAUGAAGGAGGAAUGUUUAAGAUCAAAGUGGUACUAGGAACUGAUUUUCCAUCAGCUACUUCAUGA